AUGUUCCUUUCAGAUGAGAAGAGUGAUUCAUGUUCUGACGGAGAACCAACGUCCUCAACAUCAAAAGAGCGACCGGCAGCACAAAGUCUCACAUGCGUCACCUGUGGAAAGACAUUGAGCUCAAAGAGAAAUUUAGAGAGACAUGAGAAACAACACACAGAGCAAAAACUCUUCACAUGCAUUAGAUGUAAGAUCAGCUUCUCUACCUUAGAAGAGAAGAAACGUCAUACACAAGAAGAGCACAAAGAGAAGUGUGAGCAGUGUGGGAAGAUUUGUCCCAGUUCUUCCGGUCUGAUCGUUCACAUGAGGACACACACUGGUGAAAAGCCUUUCCACUGCACCGAAUGCAACACAUUUUUUAGCACCAAACAAAGUCUUAUUAAUCAUACGAGAAUUCACACAGGAGAAAAACCGUACGGGUGUCCUCACUGUGAGUGGAGAUUUAUCUUCAAAUCCCAUCUGAUAAAACACGUGCGCAUCCACACCAACGAGAGACCGUAUCAGUGCAGUGAAUGUGGGAAAACCUUUAGGGAUGUAGGCUCCUUAAAAUCCCAUCAAAAAGUUCACUCUAGAGAGAAACUCUAUCCAUGUUCUUACUGCGAUAAACGUUUCAGUCAGAAAUGUCAGCUGAAAUGCCACGAGAGGAUUCACACCGGAGAGAAACCUUACCUCUGCACUCACUGUGGAAAGAGAUUCAGUACCCAAACUCAUUACGGAGUUCAUCAGAGAAUUCACACCGGAGAAAAAGCUUUUCAAUGUAACUUGUGUGAGAAGAGUUUCCGUCAAAAAUACACUUUAGUAAAGCACCAGAGAACUCAUACAGGUGAAAGACUUUAUAAAUGCUCUCAGUGUGAGAAGACAUUUGCUCGAUCGGAUAUCCUUAAGACCCAUCAGAGAGUUCAUAGCGGAGAGAAACCUUACCACUGCUCCGUCUGUGGAGAAAAAUUUGCUUAUUUAGGAAGUUUAAAUACUCAUCAGAGGAAACAUGCUGAAGUACAAACUACACCACAUGUGUCAAAUACAAAGCCUGUGGAAUGAUCAACCUUUUUUAAUUCACCUUGGCCCGCUACAAAUCCCAGCAAGCACAUUGGACGUGCUGGGCGCCAAACAUCGAGUGACCGCUACGUCUUGCACAAUUAAAGACUUUGCUUGUGUAAAGUGCACAUGUGUGUAUUUACCAGCAUUAAUU